UCUGGUUCUGGAGACAGCAAAAAUGCUUGCAGCCAGCAAAAAUGUCCUUGGGCCACAGCCUUCCAGAGCCAUAUUUUAGGAGUCCUGGCCCCAUCAGGCCUUAGUUGUUUGCACCUAAACAGCAGCAACAGAAAUUUCACUCCUCAGGACUUAUUUGAAGACUUUCACAUUCAUCUGUCUUAAUUCUUGUAAUAAGUUUGUGUAACACAGAGAAAAGUACAUGAUUUUUUGAGGCAGAUUUAUAACUAAGAUUAUGAAGGGACUGCUUACUCAGCAUGAGAAAAUAACCACCUCUUCUCCCUUUUUUCAGUAGUACCCCUUCUGUGCAAAUGACAGAAUCUCAGACCUCCUUCGUGGUUGCUGAAAGGUCUCUGGCAACACUGUUAACCUAGAUCAGGAGACUGAAAAUUUCAGGAGGGCCCUGAUCUAGGGUCAUCUUAAUGGCCCUGGGGGAAGAAAAGGUAGAGGUGGCGGUGGAAGCGUCCAAGGACACAAAGGCCCCAUCCUACGGGAGCUGGAGCUGCGAGGAGCAGGAGGUGGACACCCCAGACCCUGUGAGCAGGGAGCAGCUGCCCCGCCUGGAAGCUGAGGGAGGGCCUGCCUUCCCUGCGUGGGGGGCAGAGGAGCCACAUGUACCUGCCUCCUGCAGUGGGGCCGGCCUUGGAGGCCCCUAUGGAGCCUGCCAGCCACAGGGUGAAAACUUCUGCAAGGAACCAGUAGCUGGUGGGUCUAAGCCUGCUCUUGGUUGCCUGCUUCCUCCUACUGGCAUGGGGACUGCAGACCCGCACUGUGUGGGAAACCAGGCUUUGAGCAUGACUGGGAGAGAACGAGGCUGGCCCACCUGCCUGGGAGCCAGGGUCAAUGGGAGCCUCAGGGCACUGAUGGAAGAGACCAGGACUUCUGCUUCAGAAGAGCUACCUCAGACUCUUGCUGUUCCCAGAGCUACAGCUCUUAGCCCAGGACAUGAUGCUGAUAUAGAAGAUGACCCAUCCCCAGUAGAGUCGCCACAAGUGCUUGAUCUCAGCCAACAGGCUUGCAUCUCUUGUUUCCCUUUCACAUCGAGGUGGAGGUCUGUGGUGAGCCCAGGUGUCGCUGCACCUCAGUUUUCCAGCUGCAGCAUCUCUGCCUCAUCCCCGGGCAGCAGUCUCCAGUGUCACCAAGGGCAGGCGGAACCUCAAGGUUGCUCCUUUGCCAAGGUCUCCUCCUCCUCAGAGUUGGUUGUUCCCCAGUCGGCUCCCUCGGUGGUGGGACCAGGGCCUCCGCUCCAGUGGUCACCACAGCCUGUGUCCUCUAAGGAUGAUGUUCCAGGGUUGGGCAGGAGGCACCUCUCCUUCCAGGCUGAGUACUGGGCCUGUGUUCUGCCAGAUUCCCUGCCCCCUUCUCCUGACCGCCACUCCCCCCUCUGGAACCCAAACAAAGAGUACGAAGACCUGCUGGACUAUACUUACCCACUGAGGCCCAGGCCUCAGCUCCCAAAGCACCUUAACAGCCACGUGCUCACUGAUCCUGUCCUUCAGGACUCAGGUGUGGACCUAGAUAGCUUCUCUGUCUCCCCAGCAAGCACCCUAAAGUCACCCAGUAAUGUCUCCCACAGUUGCCCACCAGCAGAGGCUACUACUCUGCCAUUCUCUGCACCUAGAGAGCCGGGUCUUAAGCAGUGGCCCUCAAGAGUAUCUCAGAAGCAGGGCGGCAGGGUCUUGGCAUCUUCUGGACAGCUUGCCUCUACCCCCAGAGCCUCAGACAGUAGGGACACCUCUUGGGAGAGCAGAGAGCCAGCCCUGAGGGGUGUGAAAGACUGGCUGCCUAUGGACAAGCACCUUGAGGUGGGCUCUCCUCAGCUGAGGAAAUGGAACAGAGGGUGGCUGUCAUCCAGACCAGGAAGAGAGAAAGGGGCCAGCCAGUGUGUCCGGCCCUCUGUCUGCACAAAAUCUGGAUGGAAAUCAGAAGAAGAGAUGGAAAGUGAUGAGGAGUAUCUUGCCCUGCCCACACGACUCACGCAAGUUUCUAGUUUGAUUUCAUAUCUAGGUUCCAUUCCUACCUCAGUGACCCUUCCCUCUGGGGCUGCUGAAGGGCAGAGCUCCCCGGAUAUAUCAGACAGUGAUGGGCCAGCUUCCCUCCCAUCGGACUCCAAUCAAAGCCAGCUUCGCCCUGGGGCAACACUCAGAGUGUCCAGGGACCCUGACAACCAGAAUCCCCCUUUGCCACACUCUUUAGUCCAUGCAGGGGACUCGGCAGUGGAUGGGAGUCAAGUGAACAGUCAGGCCCUGGGGAUUUCCUCUAGACCGCUGAGAACACGCUCCUCCUUGCCAGCUGUGUCAGGCCAGCAGGCAUUCUCGGAACCAGGUGCUGGAAGAGAGCAGGGGAAAGAAUCUCUCGUGCAGUGUGUGAAGACUUUUUGCUGUCAACUUGAAGAGCUAAUCCUCUGGCUUUAUAAUGUGGCUGACAUUACCGACCACUUGACUCCACUCAAGUCCAGUCUUACUGGUCUCAAGUCUUCUCUGCAGCUUUACCGGCAAUUUAAGAAAGACAUAGAUGAACACGAGUCCCUGACAGAGAGUGUCUUACAGAAAGGGGAGAUUCUUCUUCAGUGCCUGUUGGAUAAUACCCCAGUGUUAAAGGAUGUCCUUGGGAGGAUCGCAAAGCAGCCCAGUGAGCUCGAGAGCCAUGCGGAUCGCCUGUAUGACUCUAUCCUAGCCUCUCUGGACCUGCUGGCUGGCUGUCCCCUUACCCCACAACACACCGGUGGCACCCAGGAGCACUGAUGUGAAGGGCUUUUGCCUGGCAUCUUCUCAGACAGAGGUAUAACUGUCCAACCCUAACCUGGUUGGUGGGAAACUUUCAGGAAGUCCUUGUAAGAGCCAUUUAACACUGAAAUCAAGGGGGAAAUUUAACUCUAAAAUGUAUUAGAUUUAAAGUGUCUUUCUAUUCCCUUGAGUAGGGGCUAUUGAAUUACUAUUUUUAUUUAAAAUGAUCCUUCCAAACUAAGGUCUUCCUUUUGGUGCUUCUCUUCAAAGAACAUGUGGUUUUGCAGUUUUGAUAAAAUGCCAAUGAGACUGACAGGUCUUUUCUCCCCUUUUAGCUAGUAAAAAGAGCAGACAGCUCUCCCAAACUAGUCCAUCUGCAUAGGUCAUUUAAAGAAGGCUAGUAUGAGAAAGAAGGUACCAAAUACAGAUCUCCACUGCUGUCAGGAAAUAGAUAGUUCUUAUUCAGCUAUGAGGAGGCAGGUUGUUUUUUGGAUAAUGGAAUGCAGAAAAAAAUUUCAUAUAAUGGUAAUAGUGUCCCCAGACCCAAAAAGUAACCUACCAAAUCAUACCAAAAGGAAUGUUCUAACUUUGAGGUAGCAGGAGAAACCUUUACUUGGCAUUCUCAGGCAAGUGCAGGAUCCAAGAGACUGAAAGAGAGUCAGUGGUUGGCCUGGAACUUUGGGUGUUUUCAUAAUAUGAAGCUUAAGUUUAUAAAUCUCUUGCUGAAGAUUUAAGAGAUUUUUAAACCUCUAAAUGUAAGAGCAUGUUCUGAACUCUGUAAUUGUUUUGGGCUGUUAGGAUAUCUUGUCAUCUUCAGAGCCUUAGGACACCAUCUGCCUACAUAAACUACUAUCUUAAAAAAAGAAACUGGCAGGGAUUUGGAGAACUGUCAUUGAGCAUUCGUGUGCUCAAAUAUCUUUCAUUCAUACUCAUCCUCGGAAGAGUAAACAAAGGUCAAGGAAGAUGGUUGCUUAUCACGGAUGCAAAUGACUAAAACAGCACUUCAAAGUUCUACUGGGCCAUGCAUGAGCUUGGAAGGAGGAAAGCACAUUCUCUACUCCCUCCCCAUCUUUAGUAUUACAGUGGACUAAGGAGUUAAAGGAAAGACUUCUUCACACUUGUAGGUAAGAUAAUAUAGAUCUUUUCAGAUUCUGGUCAGAUUCUCAUUUGAGGAGGGUGCUUAAGAAAGAAAAUCUUUUAUAAAGAAAUGAACAAGUCAUCUUGAACUCAAAGAGGUGACACUGGAACAUCAUCCCAAUGUGCAGACUUACUCCCUUCCCUUAAAACAAAACUUUAAUACAAAAUUACUUGUUUAAAAGAAGGUUUUAGUUUCAUGGUCUGAGCCACAUAAUCUUUAUACCAUCUCAUCCACCUCAUCAACAGAAGUCUUACUGUGAUUUUGCCAACUCCGUAUUAACCUUGGUUUCAUACAUAGUGAGAUUUUUAAAAGAUGCAACAACCUUCUAAUAAAUAUGUAUACUAUCCUUAAGAGCCUAGAAUUGGUUAAAAGGGCAAAUAAUGUCUAGUGUUACCGGUUCUUAAAUUGAUAUAUUUCACCUCUUUGAUGUGGUUAAUAAUUGCAGUUACCUUAAACUGACAGGAAUUUUUGUGGAAUAUUUUAUUUGGGAGUACCUUGUCUCCUAAGAAAUUAUUCUUAGAGAUUAUCUGAGUUACUUUCGUUCAUCUCCUUUGAAAUAAAAUACAACUGAAAGGUGCUAACUCUGGACCUGGCUGUGAAUGUCACUGGAAAAUAUCAACACCGGUGUUAAUUUAGUAUUCAGCAGUGCUUUAAGAGUUUAAGAUAGCCCUUAAAACUCAAGCUGAAAUUCUUUUCUGCCUAAGAAGCAGUCACCAGCAGCAUUUCCAUGAGGAAAGUAAGUGUGCCUGGGUUAGUUUCAAAUAGCCUAGCACUAUGGUUAACAUCAGCCUAAGGACAAUAAUGGCUUACAGACACAACAGUGGUUUUGAAAUCCCAACUUUACCUGUUGUAAAAUUUCCUAGUAGUUCCUUUAAAUUAGUAGAACUUAAGUCCACAGGGUAAUGGCAGUACUAAAAGCUGGAUUGGCAGAUUCGAGACCUGAAUUCUUGUUGUAGCUCCAUGUCUGAGCUCAUCUGCAAACAGGAGACAAUGUCAAUAUAGACUUAAAUGGGAACAUAAAGGAAGGUUUGCUGCAAUGGCAACAUGUAUGCUAAGGGAAAUUUUAUCUAAAGUCAGAUAGAAAGUUACUGCUCAGACCAGAAUGGUUAUCAUUCUGCAAGGAUUUUCCAGAUAUUGUGACUGCUUAGGCACAGAACACUCUUCAUUUAUGUAAGCUAGUUUCAGCUUACACUGAAAAUAUAUAAAUGAUCACUUUAUUAAAUUUAAUUGAUUAGUAAGACCCAUAGUGGCUUGAAAUGUUUGUACUUUGAAAUGGGGGUAGAAAUGGGAAUUUUUUUUUUUCCUCGAAACUCCAUGUAUUAGCAUAUUCAUAAAAGCAAAUAGUGAAGCAUGCUGAACUAUCUUGUGGUUAAAGUCCAAGUUUGACUGUCUUAACUGUUAUGGGGAAAAGAAGACUAGAAUUUCCAAAGUGAAAUAUGUAAAUAUGUUUAAUGUCUUCUGCUCACUCACCAAGAAUAAGCUGAGCGUUUGAACAACUUGCUGUUUAAAACUGAAGUGCAUGGCAUCACAUUGUCUAACAUUUGUUGUCAUCUCUUUAGAAAAUAGUUUUCUGAAUGCUUUACCCCUUUUUAAAGCAUUGAAAAAUUUCACCCAAGUUAGUAACUUCAGGAAUUUUCCAGUUGCCUUAUGUGAGGAUGAAUAGAUCCAACAAGCACGUCUAUAAUACAAAGUAAACUAUGAUUUUUAUUGUGAAAUUCUCAUAGAUGGAAAAUUAAGUUUAAUAUUCUGUCCAUUUCAUUUUACAAUAAUCUUACCACUUAUUUUUGUACCAUGUAUUUCAAUUGCCUGUUUAGUGAAAAUAAAGAAACCUAUAAUUUUUGGCUUGUUUUUUGUUUAAA